AUGGAUAUACAAUACGAAAACACAGCAAACAAACUAAGACCUCAGAAUUUUGAUGCAUUGGUUGGACAAGACUUUGUUAUUACCUCUUUGCAAGGUGAGAUAGAAUCCAAGACCAUCGCGCAUGCGUAUUUGCUCAGUGGUCCACGUGGUGUAGGAAAAACCUCACUUGCUCGACUUAUUGCAUUAGCGGUAAACAGGCCAGAUGGGCAAGAUUUUACCACAUUGGAGUACGAAGGAAGUAUGGAAAUACGAGGGGGUUCUAGCUUAGAUGUUAUCGAAAUAGAUGGUGCAUCAUACACAAGCGUAGAAAAUGUUCGUAAAAUACGCGAAGAGGUGCUCUACGCUCCGGUAAAAUGUAAGUACAAAAUAUAUAUUAUAGACGAAGUGCACAUGCUCUCUCAUAGUGCCUUUAAUGCAUUACUUAAAACCAUCGAGGAACCCCCACCGUAUAUCAUCUUUAUCUUUGCUACCACAGAGCUCGACAAAGUUCCGCUUACAAUACGAUCGCGUUGUCAGCAGUUUACAUUACAUCUUAUUCCUAUAAAUAUUAUAGUAAGCAAAUUACAUAUGAUAUGCAAAGAACGCAAUAUAACAGCAGACGAUGAAGCUCUGCACUGGGUUGCAAAAGAGGCUCGGGGCUCACUAAGAGAUGCGUAUGUUCUCUUUGACCAGAUAAUAGCCUUCUCUGGAAGCAAUAUAACACUGCAGGCAAUUGAAAAGAACUUAGGCCUUGCUGGUAUUGAUACACUGAGUUCACUCUUCUUGCUCUGUAUCGAAAAAAAACGCAGAGAAGUGCAGGAGCUACUAGCAUCUAUUUUUGAAAAAGGAACUCAUUUUGAAAAACUGCUCUCUGAAGCGUGUGAGUACCUAAGAAAUAUCCUUCUUAUAAAGAACGGCCUCUUCUCUAAGCAACUACUUGGGUACAGCAUCGAUCAAUUUGAUAAGAUGGUAUAUACUCAACUAAGUGUAGAGCAAAUAGAAUACGCUCUACGACUACUGCUCGAAUGCUACCGCAAUUCCCGAUACUCCAUAGAGCCACGCUUUGAAAUUGAACUCGUUUUCAGUGUGCUCUGUACCAUCACAGAGCACAAAAGCAUCAAUAUGGUAAUACAAGACCUACAAACAAUACAAUCAGAUAUUGCAAACACCUUAUCCGAAACAAAAACAGCUGGGUCUAUCACGCAGGCACAGCAAGACACUCACACUACAGCAAACUCCCCAGCAACAGAGACUGCGCAUACCACUCACACUACAGCACGUGCCCCAACUACAGAGACUACGCAUGCUAUACGUAGUAGCAACCACAGUGCAGUAGAUGCUAUGCAUACUUCUCCCACACACAGCCACAAUCCCUCAGAACACGAAAACACUCAAAGCAACAGCACACCUCCAGAUACCUCACAAGAUGCCGUGCAAAAAGAAAGAGGUUUCUCACAGCAACUUGCACAACGCCUAAGCGUAGUGCACGACAGCAUUCGUUCUUGUUCUGAAUGUGGGAAUAUAAGCGAAAACGACAUUUGCGCAGUCUGUAGUGAUGUACAGAGAAACCGUCAACUACUCUGCGUGGUAGCAAGUAUACAAGAUGUACUAGCCGUAGAGAGUUGUCAGAACUAUCUUGGGCUAUACCAUGUGCUUGGGGGUCUCAUCGAUCCACUGGAGGGUGUAGGGCCAGAAGAUCUGGCUAUUACCGCACUACAAAAACGUAUAGAGGGGGGGAUGUUUAAGGAAAUUAUACUCGCCACACCUCCUUCUAUCAAUGGGGAGGUAACUGCACGCUAUAUUAUCAACAUGAACGAAGAUAAAAACUAUGCAUUUACACGCAUAGCACAGGGCAUUCCUCGCGGUGGAAACUUUGAAUUUACAGAUAAAACAACCCUUGCAUACGCACUGGAAGCACGACGGCAAUUCAAAUAA